ACAAUAGAAGAAAGUAUUGAUAAUCGAAAUUUAUUUAUUUUCAAAUUUUGAAAACAUGCAGGAAAAGUCAAAAAACUUUUCUAUAUGAAAUGUUUCAGCGAAUUUUAAUAUGGGAAAUUGUUGCUGUAAGGACAGAAAAUCGCGCAGAGAUAAGAUAUCCCUUUUAUUAGUGGGUUUGGACAACGCAGGUAAAACCGUCACUGCCAAAGGCCUAGCCGGCGAAGCUCCAAUACAUUCCCCUGUCCCUACAGUAGGAUUUUCAGUGAUAAAUCUAAAAUAUCUUCAUUACGAUGUUCGAGUGUUUGAUCUUGGUGGAGGUCCCGGAAUUAGAGGCAUUUGGCACAAAUAUUUCGUCGACGCACACGGUAUCAUCUAUGUCGUCGAUUCCUGUGAUGCUGAGCGUUUUUCAGAGGUCAAAGACACCCUGGAAGAGCUACUUUGUCAUCCCAAAGUCAGUGGAAAACCGUUGUUGAUAUUUGCCAACAAACAAGACAGAGAAUGUGCCUUAGAUGAGAUCGAUAUCAUUGAGUGUCUUCAAAUAGAAUCUUUAGCCAAUAAAUAUAGGUGUCCUACUUUAGUACAAAGCUGCAGCGCUAGCGUAACUAAUAUUAAUAAGUUAGAUGAAGGAAUUAAGACGGGGUAUGACUGGAUCAUGAGCUACAUAGAUAAAAAUUUCAAAGAACUUAACAUAAGAGUUAAAAUGGAUGUAAUAGAACAAGAACUACAAGACAAGGAAGAGAUAAUCGCUAAAAUUCAAAGAAUUCGGGCAGAACGACAAGCUAACACGCUAGUUCAGGAUCCUGAUGUUAUACAGACAUAUUCUGAAUAUGAAAAAAUGAAUUCCAAAAUGAACGGAGGUGUGUGUAAUGAUGUUUUAGUCUUGGACGCUUGUUCAGACACCGACGAGGAUGUUUCAAGCGAAUUAUCCGAUUCUUCACUGACAUUCCCUGCUAUAUAUCACUUAGCAGAUCAAGGUAUAGAACGUGAACGUCCAAAGAGCGCCGUCCAGCUAGUGAAGCACCAGCUCCAAAUGAACAGCGAACUCAGGCGUUCGCAGAGCGCUAAAACCAGGAGAAACAAGACUGCACCGAUUAAUAUCUUUCAAGGAAGAGAAUUUGUGCCUAGUUCAGCAAAAGAAUCAGUGAACAGAUCGGUAAUUCUGGCUAAACCGCCUUCACGUAACCUUCACUCAGCCGAUGGCAGGAUCUUCUGUAUAAGCAACAGAAUGGGGCCCAGUGGAGAUUAUUAUGACACAUCCAGGGAGGUUUUUACCAUUGAAGACAACUUUAAAGUACAAAAAAUGACAGCGCAGGAAAAUAAACGGGAGAAUCUUGUGAGGCAGUUGAGUAUUGUUGAUAUUGAGUAAGGUUUGUUGUUACAAUUUAUCCGUAAACGUUUCUUUUUUCGUGUUUUUAAAGGAAAGAAUAUUUUUGUAUGACUGGAAAAUGAUCGAAAAAAACGGUGUCAUGGUAGCCUUUGAAACGAAAAUUUUUGUUGUAAAAUUGUUUGUUACACCUCAAGCGUUUUAUUCUAAAUUAAAAGAUAAUUUCUGACUAAUUUUUAUUUCAGUUUUUAAUAAAAAAUCUUUUUCGAAGCCUACCAUGUCGCCGAUUUUUUUUUCGACCGCUCGGUAUAUUUAGAAAUAAGGGUAUUUUUGCUUCUAGUCCUUAAUUUUAGUUUGUUAUGUCAUAACAUUAAUAAAAACUUGAGAGUUUAUUUUCAUGAA